GCGGGGCGCCGGGGGCCAUAUAAGCACCUAGCGGAGGGAUGCGUGGCGCAGUUGGCGCUGGGUGAGGUUUGUGGUGUCGGCUUGGUCGAGCGGCGUGCCGCGGGAAAAAUGCAGAUCUUCGUCAAGACCCUGACUGGCAAGACCAUCACCCUUGAGGUCGAGCCCAGUGACACCAUUGAAAAUGUCAAGGCCAAGAUCCAGGACAAGGAGGGCAUUCCCCCAGACCAGCAGAGGCUGAUCUUUGCAGGGAAGCAGCUGGAAGAUGGCCGCACCCUGUCCGACUACAACAUUCAAAAGGAAUCUACCCUGCACCUGGUGCUGCGCCUGCGCGGUGGGAUGCAGAUCUUCGUCAAGACCCUGACGGGCAAGACCAUCACCCUUGAAGUCGAGCCCAGUGACACCAUUGAGAAUGUCAAAGCCAAGAUCCAGGACAAGGAGGGCAUCCCUCCUGACCAGCAGAGGCUGAUCUUCGCAGGGAAGCAGCUCGAGGAUGGCCGUACCCUGUCUGACUACAACAUCCAGAAGGAAUCUACCCUGCACCUGGUGCUGCGCCUGCGCGGUGGGAUGCAGAUCUUCGUCAAGACCCUGACGGGCAAGACCAUCACCCUUGAAGUCGAGCCCAGUGACACUAUUGAAAAUGUCAAGGCCAAGAUCCAGGACAAGGAAGGCAUCCCUCCUGACCAGCAGAGGCUGAUCUUUGCUGGCAAGCAGCUGGAAGAUGGCCGUACCCUGUCCGACUACAAUAUCCAGAAGGAGUCAACUCUGCACCUCGUCCUGCGCCUGCGGGGUGGGAACUGAACCAGCAGUUGUUCCAAUUAAAGGUUCCCUGCACUUGUUCAUUCCAAUAAAGCUGUUGCAUCUGUAAAA